AUGAAACCAGAUGAAAUUCCCUAUGGCUACUACACUCACCUGAACUUCGCGUUUGGCACCAUUGACCCUGGUACUUCUCAGGUCAAAGCAACAAGUGUCUAG